UCGGUUUUUUUUUUUUCUCUUCUAAUUCUCACUCCCAAAAACUGUUGGUGUUUAUCAAAUACCAUGCGAGUCUAUAAUUUUUUAAUAGCAGAUCGGAGGAAAACACAGCGCACCUUGUACACGCAGUAAUUUUGUCUCCACUCUCCGCUUCACUCCAGUCCAGCGGGUGGCGCUAAAACAUACGAUUGUUUGACAAACACCAUUAAACCACAGAGGAAGAAGCUCAUGGGCUUUCUGUUGUUUUGUCUUGAUGCUGGUUUAAUACAGACUGUUAGAAAUGCACCUUCUCUAAAUAGAAAAAUAAGAGUUUUUGAAUCAGGUCAGUAAAUACUUGUAAUAUUCUCAUCCUCACAGUCGUGACUAAGUUUUGAAGCAAGCAGGAAUGUCUGGAGGAGUAUUAUCUGAACUGAGAUCUGCUGCUGUGAAGAUGGAGUUUGUUAAAGAGGAGAGUGAAGAGGACAUCAGUGAACUAGAAACCUGGAGAAUAAAACAUGAAGAACCAGAACCCUUGAUAAUAAAACACGAGGAACCAGAACCCUUGAUAAUAAAACACGAGGAACAGGGAGAGUUUAAUGAAGGAAAUGAGGAGAAUGUAGAAUUGAGUGAAUCUGAGAAGAAAAAACAUAUCAAAACAAAGAAAAAACCUUGGAGUUGCUCUCAAACCAAACAAAAAGUUUUGAAGAAAAGAAGAGCCAAGACAUCUUUCACCUGCACUCAGUGUGGAAAGAGUUUUACGAGCAAAUAUAGUCUUAAUGUUCACAUGAGAGUUCAUACUGGAGAGAAACCAUUCAAGUGUUCAGACUGUGACAAGAGAUUCAUUUAUUCAGGAGACCUGAAAACACAUGAGAGGAUCCACUCUGGAGAAAAACUGUACAGAUGUGAUCAGUGCGGGAAGAGCUUUGCACGAAAAGGACACCUUAAUAGGCAUAUGAGAGUUCAUACUGGAGAGAAACCAUUCACUUGUGAUCAGUGCGGGAAGAGUUUCAGACAAUCAGCACAUCUUAAGGAUCACAUGAUGAUCCACACUGGAGAGAAGUGGCAUACGUGUGAUCAAUGUGACAAAACAUUUUUGAGGGCAUCAGACCUGACGAAACACAUGAUAGUUCAUACAAAGGAGAAACCACAUUCAUGUUAUUUGUGUGGAAAAAGUUAUUCAUGUCUUCAAAGCUUGAAAGUUCAUCAGAAAAUACACACUGCUGUGAGAGAGCAUGUGUGCUUUGAGUGUGAUAAGACUUUUACUUUAGCUAAAUAUUUAAAACAGCAUGAGAGGAUUCACUGUGGAGAAACACCUUACGAGUGUUCACACUGUGACAAGAGAUUCAGUCAGGCAGCACAUCUGAAAAGACAUGAGAGGAUUCACACUGGAGAGAAACCUUACAAGUGUUCACACUGUGACAAGAGAUUCAGUCGGUCAGGACAUCUGAAAAGACAUGAGAGGAUCCACACUGGAGAGAAACCUUACAAGUGUUCACACUGUGACAAGAGAUUUUGUCAGUCAGGAGACCUGAAAAAACACGAGAGGAUUCACACUGGAGAGAAACCAUAUCACUGCACUGCAUGUGGGAAUCGUUUCAUUCAGUUAUCCGCUCUACACAGACAUACAAAAAACAAUCACAGUAAGUAGAUCAUCUUCAGAUCAGCACUUUAAGGUCAAUGUUGCAUCCUCACCAAAUGAGACACAAUAAUGCAUCAAGCAGUAAAAAAUCAUCUGGAUAAAUCUGUCCUAACCAGUCAUUACAAGUGACAUGACAAAGAAACAUUAUCUAAGGUUUCACAGUGAAUAAAGUUCAUCUUCAUCUUCAAAACCAGCAGAUUCAACUGAGAGAUUCAGAUUAACUCAAAGAUGGAGCUCCUCCCCAAAGAACAAUGUCAGAAAGGUUUAUUCUUGUAUAUCAUUGUGUUUUCUUAUAAGUUUCAUAUUAUGUUCAAUUAUCUUAUAAUGCAUAUACAUCACUUGUAGUUUGCUUAUUCUUUCAUGAAGGAAAGAAGCUUUUUACAAACCGUUCUUGUUCAGGAAGCUGAAGAAGAGGCUGUAACACUUUUAAGAGCGACUGCUAUUUAUUUGUUACUUUUUCUUUACUGUUGUUUUUAAAAUGACUGCGUUAUUCUUCCACUUAUGAUGUAUUUAGAAAAUGCAGAUGCAAGAAAUACUGUCAUGUAGCUUUGUAAUUGUAACUCAUCUUUCCUUGCUUCUCUUGCAAGUAUGACUGAAUACCUGAAUUCAGUAUUAAACGGGCCCUGGGGCUGAAUUAUGAUAAACUGUAGUAUCGAUAAACUCUAAUGUUAACAGUUCUGCUUUUGGUGGUGGGGAAAUUAAGGAAAUACACUUACAAUUUAUUUUUGCUACAUAAAAUGAUCAAGCUAACUUUAUCUUGUCAACCAUUUCUAUGUGAUAAUAUCAAGACAAUAAUCACUGAUGCAUUUUUGUUAUUUUGCAAUCCAGAAGCGAGAUCUCUCUUGCACUUUAGGUCUGAUUAAUUUUAUUUUCGAUUGAGUUUGACAUCAGAGGAUUGUGAAAACGAGAUGUUUGAGGUAAAUUAUUGUGGUAUAUUAGAGGAAAUCUAGUGUCUUGAGGACAUGCAUGUGUCUGUUAAGUCCAUGUGUCUAUAGUAAUCAAUUAUAAGUUUACACCACUAAUCUAUAAUAUAGAACUGGUAUUGCUAUUUCCUAGUAUUCCAUACUUUCAACUGAAUUAAGAAUAAAUCGUAUGUUUUUAAUGAAAAACAUUACCUAACGAGUCAGUGUUUUUAUAUCUGAAGUAUUCCUUUACAUUCUUACAACGCAAAUGUCCUGCAUUUAAAAGGUUGUUUGUUUAAUGUUGGGAAUUUCUCCUGCCUAUUAAAUAAAAAAUAAGUAUCAUAUUCAUUACAGUAGCAAACAUCAUUUUGUUAUGUAUCUGUGUAAGGGAAACAGGUCAAUUUAGCUCAAAUGAAAUUUGGACAGAAUCACUAUUUUACAGCUGGUCACUGUGUCGGCCAGUGAUUUAAUGGAUAACAUCAACUCUGCAAUGGAUGUAAAAUAUAAAGCAUAAUGAAAACACUAUUAAUUAGCACAGUAAC